AUGCUCCUGGGCUUGCACGAACUUGUCGGUAACGCGGCGACGCCCGCGACGUGCACCCAGGACAGGAACGAUCUUGUUUGCGCGGCCCGCCUAUAUAAGGACGACUCCUUUCGAGACGUCCUCAGUGUGUCAAUGAACGUCAUUAUUACUAGAGUUAUUUCUCUCCACCAUCAUCAUACAGUCCACUUGCUCUCUGGACCACAUCACGGGUACGUCGAGGAAACGAUCCACAGCCUGAUCCCUCCGACCCGCACAUUCUGGUCCUUCAGAGCCAAAUCAAGUUCCAGCAACAUGGUGCUAACACGCAGCCGUAGUGGAGAGUCCAGAGGAGAACAGACCCAGCAAGAGCUUUCCGUGACCGCCGGACCGGGUGCCAGCACCCCGGCACCAGAAUCGAGCUCGGCCCGAGUGACGGACACAGGAAGCGGGUCUACGACGACUACCAACAUCGACGCCACACUCAAGGCCAGCGAUACCAAGUCACGCCGUUCGACAUACUCGAAAAGGAAGCGCCUCGCAGAGCUAGAGGCCAUAGAACAGCUGGCUGAAAUGGAAGUCAAGAAAGCGCAGGCUGAGCAAGAGCUGAAAGAAAUACAGCUGCAGCGCCUCAGAGUCGAAGCUGAGUCGAGCGACGACGAAGAGCUGGAGGACGACCUCGCCUCCGUAAGGAUAGGAACGUGGCUAGCGCGACCCGCGCCGCCACCCGGAGGUGAGACUCGCCCGCCGCCUCACGACGCCAGCGGCGGGAGGAUCAGCAGAGACGCAGCCCACGCAGCGACAGCGACGUACACCGGCGCCCCGGCGGGCGCGCACCCGCUGCGAGACGACGACGGCUACGGCAAAGUGCGUGAAAGUGUGUGUGCGAAAACAAAGGGCAAUAUCGCGAGUGAAGUGUCACACGGUAAUGUUAGUGAUAAACUGAUAGACGUAGGAACCCUCGCCGCGGCACUAGCGCAGGUCAUGCGCAGUUCGAGAGAGCCCCCGAAGUACAUGCAGCGGCUACCAGUCUUCGACGGAAAACCCGGUGAGUGGAUAGCUUAUAAGGCCGCGUAUUGUGACUCACACACGUAUUUUUCUAGCGUAGAAAAUAUUGCUAGGAUUAGGUUAAGCCUCAGAGGCGCCGCAAAGGAAGCUGUAGAGUGUCUAUUAUUUAGUCAAUCUGACCCUCAGGUCAUUCUAGAUGCACUAGAAAGACGUUUUGGUAGGCCUGAGGCUUUGAUAAUGACCGAAUUAGAUAAAGUAAAAUUAUUACCUAGAUUAAAGGAUGACCCUAGGGAUAUUUGUAUAUUUGCUAGCCGUAUUGCAAACACAGUAGGUACAAUAGAAGCACUAAAUAGAAUUCACUAUUUACACAGCCCCGAAAUGUCGCGAUCUAUAAUAGAUAAGUUAACGCCAAUAUUAAAACAUAAAUGGUACGAUUACGCGGCAAAUAAAAAGCUUGAAGAUACUCCCGUAUUAAAGCUCUUAUCUAUGUUCAUGAAUGAAGAGGCCGACAAGUGUAGCGCGUACGCAUUGCCAGAGCGAGAUAGGGAUAACGCCAUUGAUGAACGACGACGGCGCAGAGUUGAGCGCACGUUUAUGGUGAAUACUCGUCAGAAAACAUCAAGUGAGCGAUGCCCGGCAUGCAAGCAGCACGGCCACAAGUUACCAGACUGCAGUAAAUAUAAGCAGCUAGACAUAGAUAAGCGAUGGAAUAUAGCGAAAUCAAAUAACAUGUGUUUUAGAUGUUUAAGAAGUAAACACAGAAGAAAUAUGUGCAGAGCGCCUACUUGUGACGUAAAGGAGUGCAACAUGAAGCAUCACAAACUGUUGCACAAAGAGCGUAAUGUAAACACAGCGCCGCCCGCGCCGCCAGCGAUGACGACACACGAAUCCGUGACGUCAGCGCGGGAAACAACUUCGCCUCACAAUCGCCGCGCGUAUUUGAAGAUAGUUCCUGUGACGUUGAGCGGACCACAUGCUAGGCUACAUACAUACGCCUUGUUAGACGAUGGGAGUACAGUCACCUUGAUACCCGCGUCGGUAGCAGACAUCCUAGGUGCAGAUGGGCCAGAAAGUUCUAUGUGCAUACAAGGCUUAGGUACAGAGUUCAAGCACGAGCGAAGCCGUACCGUAAGCCUCCACAUACAAGGCAAGUACCAUAGCGCCCCACAGAAGAUAGAGGCGGCGCGCACCGUAACUAGGUUGGAAGUCACGGCGCAGACUGUACAUACCGAAGAUAUAAACAAUUGUAGGCAUUUAGAUGACAUACGAAGCACUCUUGUUUAUGAUCGCGCGCGACCAAUGAUUUUGAUAGGUCAAGACAACUGGCAUUUGUUAGUAGCCACGAAGACACGGACAGGUGCGCGCGACCAACCGGUAGCAUCGUACACGAAACUCGGUUGGGUUUUACAUGGAUGUCAGUACACAGUAAAUAAAGACACAAGUACAUUCUGCGGCCACAUUACAAUUAAAGAAAAUCCAGAACCAUUUGAAGAAACCAUAAGAAACUUCAAACCAGAACCAACAUGUUUAGAACCUAGGAUACCUAGAGAAGACCUACAACAGCAAACCUUAGGCAUCCUAGAAAAGAAGAGCCGACGAUUACCCGAUAGAAACUUCAAGAAGAGGAAACAAGAAGCACCUACAAUGCCGAAGUCUCAUCUAGGCACCCUAAAACGCCUAGAUAAGCUCAUCUAG